GUAGUGGGAGGAUGGGAGACCUGGUGGUAAACCUCCAAACUGGCUUGGUGGGAAGAUGGAGCUGAUAAUGAAGAGAAAGGACCCGUUGUGGGCAGAAUGCAUCCCAACUUGAACAAACACGGACCUGAACGCAGUCCCAGUCUGGAGGAAGUCCAAACCCCUGGAGUCUUGUCGCUACCUGGGCACCAUGAAGCUUGUAAGCCAAGCAGAAAGGGGCAAAAUCUACAAUUUGUAACCAACAGCUGUUGAAAUCCUCCCAUCAAGUCAGAAGGGAACUGGCCACUUCACAUAGAGGGGAUGCCUCUCAGAGCUACUCCUCGCAGUCAAGAGAUCCCUUGCCCAGCAUCUGAUAUCUACAGCAAGGUUUCCUGUAAUUUUGACUGAAGAAACUAUGCUUGUUUUCCUCUCCGUAUCAGCUGCAUUGCAUGGCUUCUGCAGUUAGUUUGGGAACGGUGUGUGGAAGAUGUUCCAAUUCCAAUCUGGGUUUAGGUUUCCUAAACUGAGCUGAUUGAAAACAAGCCUUAAAAGGUUGCACAAAGCAGGGGACAAGGUUCACUGCUCUACUGUACAAAGAAGUAAGGGCUUUGCUGUCAUCUGCUUUCUUCUGCCAAGAAUGAAGAUGUGUGUCUUCCUCCCAGAGUGGAGACAUGGGUGUCCCUCUCUCUAAGAGCAUCAAGAAUCCCUUUCCCCUGUGGAGGUGUGAGAGAAGCAGAGCAGAUCUUUGCAAUGAGUUAUCCUGGCUAUCCUCCAGCGGGUGGAUAUCCACCAGCAGCCCCAGGUAGCAGUCCUUGGGGCGGCGCUGCCUAUCCACCUUCAAAUCCACCUCCAAUCGGUCUAGAAAAUGUGACUGGCUAUGCCAGUCAGUUCAAUCCCAGCUACAUGGCUGGAAUGGCAUCUAACCUGGCGGGGACCUUUGGAGGGACAAAUGCACCGCAAGGCUUAUAUCCUUCAACACCUGGGGGUUAUCCUCCAGUCCCUCCCGGUGGCUUUGGGCAACCUCCCCCAGGACAGCAGCCCUCCUAUGGAGGAUAUCCUGCACCUGGAGGGAAUGCGCCAGCUUACCCGGGAUACCCAGGCGGCCCCGUGCCAGGCCAGCCCACGCCACCGCCUGGUCAGCAGCCGAUGGGCUUUUCAGGACAGCCACCAGCACCUUACCCAGGGCAGCAGCCCAUGCCAAAUUAUCCACCAGGCCCAGCUAUGAACCCAUCUGUGCCCUCUUACCCAGGAGCUACUGGGCCUGCCGUCUCUCCCAUAACACAUGGAUACCGAGGCACAAUCACCGAUGCACCAGGAUUUGACCCUCUGAAGGAUGCAGAAGUCUUAAGGAAGGCCAUGAAGGGAUUUGGAACCGAUGAGCAGGCGAUUAUCGAUUGCCUUGGAAGUCGUUCAAACAAGCAACGUCAGCAGAUCAUCCUGUCUUUCAAAACAGCUUAUGGAGAGGAUUUGAUCAAGGAUCUCAAGUCUGAACUAUCAGGUAACUUUGAGAGGACGAUCUUAGCAAUGAUGAAGACACCUGUCAUGUUUGAUGCUUAUGAAAUCAAGGAAGCUAUAAAGGGCGUUGGCACAGAUGAAAAUUGUCUCAUUGAAAUCUUAGCUUCUCGCAGCAAUCAGCAUAUUCAGGAACUCAACAGGGUCUAUAAAGCAGAAUUUAAGAAAACUCUGGAGGAAGCAAUAAAAAGUGACACAUCUGGACAUUUUCAGAGGCUUUUGAUUUCACUUUCUCAGGGAAACAGAGAUGAAAGUACAACUGUUGACAUGUCUCUUGUGCAAAAAGAUGUGCAGGAGCUAUAUGCAGCUGGAGAGAACCGUCUAGGAACUGAUGAAUCCAAAUUCAAUGCCAUUCUAUGCGCAAGAAGCCGGGCCCACCUCAGAGCAGUCUUCAGUGAGUACCAGAGGAUGUGUAACCGGGACAUCGAAAGCAGCAUCUGUCGUGAAAUGUCUGGAGACCUGGAAAAGGGCAUGCUGGCUGUAGUUAAGUGCCUCAAGAACACGCCGGCUUUUUUUGCAGAGAGAUUGCAGAAAGCUAUGAAGGGAGCGGGAACAAAAGACAGAACUCUGAUUCGAAUCAUGGUAUCACGCAGCGAGGUUGACCUGCUGGACAUACGUGCAGAGUACAAGCGGAUGUAUGGCAGAUCCCUCUACGCAGAUAUCACUGGUGAUACUUCAGGAGACUACAGGAAAAUCCUCCUCAAGUUGUGUGGUGGAAACGACUAAAUGGAACAUGAAGUUUUUCUUGGAAAAGCUGCUGUUUUCGUGUUUUUGCUUUAAAGCAUAUUUUUGUUUUUCUCCAAAAGUAAACAAGUAAUGACCUGUUUCUCCUAAAGCAAUUAAAGUUUUAAAGGUAACAUUGCAUAUAUCUUCCCUUCAGUUCAAAAUCAGUAGGUAAUACAUGCCAAAAAAAAAAAAAAUCAAGCUUAUGUGCUAUCUGCUCAGGAUUUUUUAUAGUACUCUCAGCAAUCCAUGAACAACAGGUCAUUAUUUCCUUUCUGCUCAUAUUAUGCUGAAAUAAUAUGUUUGUUUUAUGUAAGAAAAAUCACAGUUGUAUGAUUUAAGGUUUUGUUUUGUAUAAAAGUUACAUGUCAUUUUCAUGCAAAUUUUCUGUAUGUUGCAUGUGGAGUUGGUUUCAUGCCAGCCUGCUCCCCGAUACGUGGAGUGAACAGCCUUGAGUUUUCGUUCCUAGUUAAGACUGUUUUGACAAAGCUUUGUCAAGUUGUGUUUUCUUUCCUUGAUUGUUUUUAAGGAAGAUGUGUUCCACAUUUCACUCUCACUAGGGCAACUGUCACAAAGCAGCAGUAACGCUGACAGUAGUGAAGAUUCUGUAGUUAAUGUUUUAAGGUUUUGGAUUGUGCCUUAAAUUUAUCUAUGUAAGAAGAGAUUAUGAAAUUAAACCUGUUUAUCUUCUAA